CUAUUUAACAGAAGCUUGAAUGGCGGGAAUGUGACCGCUUUGGGAUUCAGAGUAGAGGUAUUGUUUAAAGAUUCUCCAGUCUUUUGUCGCCGCAGGUUGCAAACGAUACGUGUUCGUCUUAACAGAAGGGUGUCUAGUGCAGUGCCCCGGUUCAAUGUUAUGGGAAAUACGACGUUAGCGUAUGUUGCGCAGCUCUGCGUUCAGUAGCAGACUGUCACCCGUUUGUCAAUAACCUUUCCCUACCGCUUGCUAACUUUUCAUUCGGUUCACCAGUCACUGCUACAGGUUCGCUGGAUUUUCUGCUUUUCUGUGUACUCAACAUUACAACGUUUUGCUGCGUAGGAGACCAAGGAGACCAUGCAUCCACACAGGAAAGAGGAAAUUAGGAAUGUUGCUGUGCUGUUAGUGAAGACAUUAGAAUGUCCAAUUUGUUUGGACAUCCUUGACGAUCCCCUCGCUACAAAAUGUCACCAUCGCUUCUGUCGGUUAUGCAUUGAGAAAGCCCUCGUUGGGAAGUACAAGAUUCCUUGUCCAUUAUGCAACGCUAUUGUGACAAAGCGAAGCCUCAACAAAAGUGAAAAUAUUGCUGAAAUUGUUCAGAAAGUUAGAAAGCUCUCUGACGCAAUCAGAGAAGACACAGGACUUGAUGUCACACCACCAAGGGGUCCAAGGACAUCGAUACGCUCACCAGAAGGCCACAGCCUCGAGAUCUUCAACAUGCUACACCCUUCCCCAUUGAAAACAACUAGAAACCAACCCAUGGGCAGGAGUGUCACAAGAAAUGAAGCACCCAAGAGAAAGAGGAGAGCUGCGUCUGUCAGUAGCAAUGGGAGCACUGCCAAACCAUCGAAACAAAAGAGAGUGAUGCAGGACAAGCAAUGUGAUCGUUCAACGGGAGUCAACACACCGAACCAGCCGGAAGUCCCUGCUAACCCAUCACAGCCUGCGUCGUCUGCUGCGAGAAACGAAUGCGACGACGAAGUGUCAGACUGCAGCAUGCCUAAGCCGUCUCACCAGGUUGCUGAGCAUUGUGAGCACGCUGAAGAGGAUGUUGAGCUUUGCGACGUCGUCUCGUGCACCAACACUGUGUCGUCGUGUUCAACAAACCACCUCAUGGUGCGUCAAGGAAAUAGCGUGAAGGACGUCGUAGAAGCGACCCCUGAGAAGGAGUGUUGCGAAGAUCCGAUUCCUUUUGCACCGUCAGCAGCGAACGAAAAGAAGGAUUACUCUCGGCGAGGCAUUGCCACACCUACUCACGUUGUUUCUACUUCCGAGAAGGUAUCCACCUGGCUACUCGACCAUGAAGACAAUGCAUCCAAAUCUCCAACCGAAGUUACGGCACACAUGGACGCGACGGAACAUAACAGCCCGGUCAAUAACAAACGUCGAAGCAAGUUCUUCAGUGUGAAGCCUCUGGCGAAACGUGGAAGCCCUGGAGGAAGGAAGAAAUUCUUGGACGUCUCGGAUAGCGACCCUUACAAGUUUAUUCCGAGCCAAAAGGCGCUGCAGAGUAAAGGGCGAAGAUGUCGCAGAGGAAAGGGCGCGAAGAAGUCGUCUGCCUCAAAAGCCAGCCUACGCAGCAACAAAUUGGGUUGUACCUCGAAGAUAAUCGAAGAAGCUGAACUUGAAUUUCUGAAGGGCGGACCAGAAAAUGCGACGCGCAAGAGAGUCGUGGCUGACCCGAGUGAGCUAGAAGUGGAACUUUUUGUUACUCCCGCUUUUACUGUAGAGCCUACGGAAGAAACGAACGAAUGUAGUCGUCGCAUAAAAAAGAAACGGAGCAUCCUAUCGUUACGGAGAACGAAGAAGCUGGGAAGUGUCUCGGAGGAAAAGAAGAAGAAGGCAGAAAGAGAGGCUGAAAUGCUUCGAAACAAGAUUACCGAAGCCGAGGGCUUCGAACUCAGUAUUUCGAAGACACCGCCGAGGAAGCAGCGAGGGUUGUCGGAAAGAGACGGUGGUGUGGCCCUGAAGGAUGUCUCGAAUCUCAGGGCAAAGCCAACUCAGAACACGCUCUCUCAGUUUAUCAUUUCACCAAGACGUAGGCCUCACACAGGUACUAACACAGAGGCCCAAACCAUAAUCAAUGAGAAUUCUCCAGGGAAACUGUCAGAAACUGUCACAAGUAUGAGGAAAGGUGCUAAUCCUAUACCUGAAACUGCAACUGUUGACAGCUCAAGCCAAGAAGAAGCAUUGCAUGAUGUAGAUCCAGUACAUACAAUACAAGUAGUCCUCGAUGAAGAUGAACAGUUACAAGGGGACUUGCCUUUACCACAACCUGUGGACCGACACCUUGAUCAGCAGUGCAAGGAUUCCGACAUUCAUGUUAAUCGGGAUAAUGUUGCGAGAGCAGAUGGGGAAGACUCGGAAGUUGUGGUGUUGGGGGAAACACCAGCUCCGUGUAUAAGCGAUAUGACGAGUGUAUUCAAAAAGCCAUCUCGUAAAACGUUUGACAUCAACGCAGAGACAGAGGACAUGCAGCCUCUUGCAGCAACUGCCGUAAACACGCUGGAGCUCAUGAAUGAUAUUUGUGACGACUAUCAAGAGUCUGCAGAGCAAUCGAUCAAUGUACAUUAUAAACGUGCUAUGAAGCAGCAUGCUGCUACAAGUAAUGUAGUAGCUACAGACGUACAUCAUAGCAAAUGUAGUGGUGGAAGCGAUAAAGAUAUGCCGGUUGGUGGUGCCCGUAAAGACUAUGUCUCCACUACAAAAACACCUGAGAGUACCACCACUGGUGUUGUGGAGAGGGCAGAUCAAAGCACUUCGAUGAGUCAGAUGCUGACUCGUUCUACUUCAUGCUGUCCAAACUGCAACGUUACGCUUGUAGUUACAUUUGCUGACGGGGAGGUUACUGUCUCCUCAACGCAUGUGCCACAGAAACCGUUAUUGGUGGACAAAGGAAUGUGUACUGAAAGACCCGGAACAAGAGUCAUUAUUUGCAAAGAAGCAGUUACACAAACUGAAGAAUGGGAUGUGAGGAUAAAUACGCAGCAUGGAGGCUUGGAAACGCAAGGUAGUGCUUCUGAGGUACAUUUAGCAAAGCAAACGGCACACAGCAUGGCCAGCAGAUGUGAUGAGCAUAUUUCACCAGAUAUGCGCGACAGUAGAAGCAUUCCGCAGGAGAGUACAGACUGUAGCAUGGCUAUGACCCUACCGAAGAGUUCGGGCAUUCCCACAAGUGGUAUCGGUGAAGAAAGGAAUCCAGGAGAGGUACCAGAUAAGAUCGAACUACGACCUGAAGCAACAGGAGCGCAUGAAGGCACUGUGUCUCACAGGGAUUCUAGGGCAUUCAUAGAGACCGAAUCAGAUGUUCAUAUCUUAGAAUCCGAGAUUCUGUGCAAAGCUACACAAGACCAAGCUGACGCCGUAAGAGAUGUCGGCAGAAAGGAUCUUUCAGCCCACCUUACACCUGUGGUUGAAGAAACACAGGAACACUCGUCAUGCCAAGCAAGUACUACGUCUAUACGAGGUGGUGUUGAGAUUGAUGAUAAUGACAAGUGCAAAGAGAAAGGUGCUGACACACACAUGAGCAGCGAUCUGUUGAACGUAAUCAACAGUAGUCGAGAACGUGUCCCCAGCCAGUCUCUUCAAGAGAACAGAGAAGAAGAUUUAAAUCCCUGUGAUGUCUCGGCAGCGAGUGACCUCCCUGACGUCUGCAACUACAUCAACGAGGAGAGCGAUGGCAAGGAGGUCACCAUGGGUGCUUGCAGUGCUACACAGUUGCCAUUUAAGAGUGCUGAACCUCUUUGUAGCCCUUGUGACACUUUGAAGACUUCGGGGGGCUACCAAGUCUUGCAGGGUGAAACUGAGAAUGAAGAAAAUAGUCCCUGUACUCCAGUUCGUGAGGAACCCGUAAACAAAAAUAUUUCUUUAUCAAGCAGCAGGGGUGCAAGUCCUAGAGUACCCACACUGCCAGCAGCUGCCUUACCUGUUGUGGAAAGAACACCAGAGAAACGCAUCAGUGACACGGGACAAAGUUCUGGCGAUAGUUCCCCCGACUGGAGCCCUCCUAUUACAGUAUCAAAGACAAGAACACAACUGACGAGGUCGCUUUUCGACGUAAAUCAACAGGAAAAUGACGGCGAGGCUAACAAACAGAAGCGAGCAACACUGGACGUAUCGAGGAACGAUAGUUUGGAACAAGAAGAACCGGCAGCGAGCAAAAUCCAGAGUUCAGCAGGAGACAAGAAAUCGAAGAGAGCUAUCGUCGAAAUCACAGACAGCGAAUCAAAUUCUUCUCUGUCAAUGGAUCCAAUCACAGAGAGUGAAGCUAAUGAACUUCUUCAGUGUGCCUUGCUUCACGAUGAGGACAGCCCCCCCGACGAAGCUGCCAUGAGCUUUGCUAGGAAUGCUGUUGCUCCGCUGAAGAACAGCACAAGCCAAGAUACAUGGAUGAAGAAGAAUACCUCGCGCAAGUCAUAUAGUCGUCUGGAGCCUUCUCCGAAACCUAGCAGACGAGGUUCGUUGUCUUCCACCUGCCUGCCUGAGCCAACAAGGUCAACAGGGAUGAGAACCAGGAGAGGAAGCAGAAAAAGUCAACCUCUGAGGGCUGAGAGCUCUGUGGCAGAAGGUUUUGCUGGUGAAUUCGAGAGCCAUCCACUUACUACGUGCAGCAGUAUUUCUUGCUUAGAAGACAGGACAUUGAAGGAGAAGUUACUUGAACAGGACAUUGAAGAAAUGAAGAAGCAAAUGCUGAUGUUGGAGAAUGAACUCAAACAGGCUGCAAUGGACACUGAUGAAGUUACAGACGUUCCCGGUGACAGUGGGAAUCAGAAGAGGGCCAACCACGAGAAGGGCGAAAAAUCUUUGGGUGACAGAGCAAAGAUGACCAAGGCCCAGGACGAUUUUGUCUUGGAAGACGACUUCAUGGAGAGCGACGAAGAACUGCUCGAUGCAGUUCCACCGACUCCGCCGAGGAAAGGAGUUCCGAGAAAGCAGCACAGCUUUCGUAAAGACAAACGUUGGUAACAUCGUGUUUUGGAAUGACUAGCUUAAUAUAUUUGCGCUGUACAAGAGGUGGUAGUAGUAUCAUGGGAGCUGACUGUGCAUUGGGUAUCAACAUCUUUCCUUUUUAUUGCACUCCGUUGUGGUGUAAACCUUUGUUCAUAACACGGCUGUACAGUCAACACGCAUCCUUUGCACGCUGUAAAUAAAGGGAAUAAAAAAGGUUGUAUAAGAGAC